AUGCGGUUUCACAAAGCAUCGUGUUACACAAAAAGUGAAGCAGAAGAGUUGAUCUCGGUUAAAGUAAUUCUUAAAGGGUACUCGAUGGCUUCGUUUUUUCGUGUCAAGAGUGAAUUGGUAGCAUCCGGAGAACUUCGACUGGUUUUACGAUCUUGUUUGGCUUCACAGUGUAGAUGUUACUCAAGUACAACAACGGCUAGUAAAGAUCAGGAAGAAGUUAUCGAACGGCAGCCAGAAAACUACAGGCCAGGUGCUGACUCUUACGCCUACGAUAAUCCAUGGCCAAAGUUAAAUCGUGGACGCCUUGAUUUUCUUUUUGGUGAUGGUUGGAGACGGCCUUUAGCGAGGGAUCAAGGAGCAAAAAUGAGACGGCAAUGGAUUUGGUUUGGGCAAUGCUCUUACGAUGAGCACAAGGACUGGUUUGACUUCCAUUCAAAGUUUUUCAUAUUUUGCACAGUUAUGGUUGUUUACUUCACAUUUUGGAUCGUUUACGCUAGACCUGAC